AUGAUAUCGAUCGAUUUAAUUCGACACGGUGAGACUGAGUUUAAUAUUUCCGGUAGAGUGCAAGGUCAGCUGGAUAUUCCACUCAAUCAGCCUGGAAGGUUCCAGUGCGCUCUAUUAGCCAAUAGAUACAAAGAUAUCCCCAUAGACUCUAUUUACACCAGCGACUUGAGCAGAACGCACGAAACAGCGACUAUUCUAGCCGCUCACCAUCCAAACGUAACGAUCACGUCGGAUCCACGCCUCAGGGAGAGGUGUUUCGGUCCUUAUCAAGGCCAAUCACUCACCAGGGAACAGCGCCACUCUCAUUUAAAAGGCGUUGAGUCGUUGGAAUCCAUGUACGCGCGUUGCUUGCAGUUUUACAAUGACGUUCUCCUUCCUUUGAUUUCCAGUAGUAGCGGUGGUACAAACGGUGACAAGAGAAUUGUAAUCGUUAGUCACGGUGCUCUACUCUCCGUGCUUAUAAGACAGGUGCUGCUAAAUAAGUACAAGUACUCGCUGGCACCUAAUGUCAAUCCAGCUAGUCUCAUCAACACUUCAGUCACUCGAGCAGUCGUGAAUUCAAACCACAAAGGUACUCUAGUAAGCUGGUCAGAUGAUUCUCACCUGCAGACUCACGGUAAGGUUGAAAACGCCGAUGAAAUAUGCUUAUAA